AGCUCGCUUCAAAAGCAAUAUAAGUGACACUUGACAGCAGGCAAGCAAAUACGACAACUGAGGGAGGAUCUGAAUGCUAAGAAGGACCCCUUCUUUCAGAAAUGGACACAUCUGGCUGAAACAUAAAAACUAAUGGUGGAUUAGAUUUCUAGUAUUAUUUAUUUAUUGUUUUUAUGAAACUUUUGUUGAGAAUGUAUGUGCCAUUCAAGGUUUCCAAAAAAACAUUAGAAGUCUGAGUGAGAAGGAGCUGGAUGGUUGACUAAGCUGUGGAGGGACAUUUAGAUCUGAGUAACUCCUUCCCAGCUACAUUAGUGCACAGGUGAACUUUGGUCAAGUUAGGAUGUCAGAGGGUGGCGCAGCUCCCCCACCACAGGUGUUUGUGGUGGACAGCCAGGCCAGCUACAUCUCUAUGCCCAGUGGCAAGAAAUCAACAUGGGCCAGAGUGGGCCAGAGGUUCCUCCUCUUUCUCCUGGGAUUGUCCAUGCUGUUAAUCUUUGUCGAGGGAUAUUUAAUCUACAUACUUUACCAAAGAACUGAGGCUUUAUUUCGUUGCGGGUCUAAUCCUCUGUGCCACAACUUGUCCCACCCACUGACGCCUGAACAUCAGGAUGGCAGGGUAUCAAGUCAAAUAGGAGCUAAAGAAUCCAAUGAGAUUCAUCCACUUUGGACACAGAAAAGGGCGUUUGCUCAUUUGUUGGGUGCUGAGAAUCCGGUCGGGGAUGACGAUGUAGUGCUGUGGAACUCGCUGGCUCAACAAGACAGAAACAAUAUAGGGUACAACAAUAGCCGACUGAUAAUCAAGCAGGAAGGCUUCUACUUUGUGUACUCCAAGGUGCAAAUGGACGUUUCACAGGAGACUAAGCCUAUCUUCCACAGUAUCAUGAGAAAUUCCAGAGGCUAUGGGAAACCUAUUGACCUUCUGAGGUCCAAAAGUAAUUGCUGUCAACACAAAGGUCCUGCUAAUUCUGAAGCCGAGGACAUAAGGAACAGUUUCCUGGCGGGAAUUUUCCACCUGCAGGAAAAUGAUCAAAUUUUUGUCACUUUGAGUAAAAUAGGAAAGUUGUGUCCAGGUGCCAUGGAAAACUCUCUGGGGGCCUUUAUGAUAGAUCCAUAGUCAAUUAGAGAGAUACCUCUGUGCUAGUUCUUUGACCAGUGUUUGCUUUUUACGCCAGAUACAUUAUUUAAUAUAUAUAUAUAUGUUGACUGCACCUGAUGGAUGUAAUUCUGAGACCAAUGGAAAAACAAAUAGUUUUGAAAUGAAAGUAUCUGAUAUUCAGAUUAUAUAUAUAAAUAUAUAUGUUUGCAACUGUAAUUUUAUAAAAAUUUUUUGCUGUUUAAAUAAAAUUCUCUUUGUUGUAAAACAAGA